AUGUCUCCUGAAGAGAGACAGGUGGAGGACAAUGGACAUAAAGACAAGGAGGGUGUGAUGUCUCCUGAAGAGAGACAGGUGGAGGACAAUGGACAUAAAGACAAGGAGGGUGUGAUGUCUCCUGAAGAGAGACAGGUGGAGGACAAUGGACAUAAAGACAAGGAGGGUGUGAUGUCUCCUGAAGAGAGACAGGUGGAAGACAUAAAGAGACAGGUGGUGGAGGACAAUGGACAUAAAGACAAGGAGGGUGUGAUGUCUCCUGAAGAGAGACAGGUGGAGGACAAUGGACAUAAAGACAAGGAGGGUGUGAUGUCUCCUGAAGAGAGACAGGUGGAGGACAAUGGACAUAAAGACAAGGCUCCUGAAGAGAGAGGCUCUAAACUCUGGAUUAUCUGUGCUAUGUAA